AUGCUUGAGACUCCGACGGCUCCCACAUCUCCUCAACUCCUCCUAGAAUCCCCACGCCGCCGCCGCCAUCUCCACCACCACGACCAACUCUGCUCUCCACUCACAAAUCCAAAAUUAGGCUCAAAUAUCCGUAGUUCCUCCAAUCUUCACCGCCCAACUCUAAUUGAAACCCUUCCCGCCGGCUACUUCUCAAAAUCCACAUCUUUUUCCAAAAUCCAAAGACCCUACCUAAAUUUCGAAUCUGCCGAAAAUGAUACUGCCCCACCGGUUUCCGCCGAUUGGGCUCCACGGGAAAACAAACCGAAUAAUGUCAUUAAGAAGCAUCCUAAUUUAAUAGGAGCUAAUGCGCCUUUACCGGCUGUGAAAUUGCGUAAAUGCAGCGGCAGUGAAGGUAAUUUUGUGAAGCUAAAUUUGAAUUAUGGUAAAAGGAAGUUUCUGAACCGAAAAGGGAAAAAGAAAAGUAGUUAUGCAUCCAGCAGCAGGGGAUUUUAUAGGAGAAGUAAGCAAAAAUUGAAACGUGAAGGCGAUGUGGAGAUGGAGAGUGUGUGCGACGAGGAAGGUUUAGUCACGGAAAUUGGGCAACAGCAACCGAAGAAAGGGUGUGAGUUGAUUGAGAAGGCAGUCUUGGAGGUGCGAAAUGAGGCGUUGGAUGAGAAUUUAAUGAGGUUGUUGAAUGUGAUGUAUGGAUUCGAUUCAUUUAGAGAAGGGCAGCUGGAGGCAAUCAAGAUGGUGCUAGAUGGGAAAUCGACAAUGCUUGUUUUGCCUACUGGUGCUGGUAAAUCUCUGUGUUAUCAGAUACCAGCAAUGGUUUUUGCAGGAGUCACGCUUGUGGUGAGCCCUUUAGUGGCAUUGAUGAUUGAUCAGUUGAAACAGCUGCCACUUGUGAUUCAAGGUGGCCUAUUGUGCAGCAGUCAGGUGUUUUUGGUGCUUUCUUCUGUACACCCCAAGAAGUUAGUGAGACACUCAGGUUGCUGCAAGAAGGGGGAUAAAGGUGAGAUCAGUGACAGUCUUAAAUGCAAUGCAUUUACCCACCACCAUUAUCUUGAAUUUAACAGAAUGAAAGAUUUGCUGACAUUAAUUAAGUCUUCUCCCUACAAGGAAGUUCAAAGCAUCAUUAUAUACUGCAAAUUUCAGAGUUACCAUAGUUCUAUGCCUUCAAAAGAUCGCAGCCGUAUACAAGAGUCGUUUUGUUCAAACAAGAUUAGAGUGGUUGUUGCGACUGUGGCUUUUGGCAUGGGGCUUGACAAGAGGGAUGUUGGAGCUGUAAUUCAUUAUAGUCUGCCAGAAAGCUUGGAAGAAUAUGUUCAGGUGGUUCCAACAUUGGUUGCUAGAAGAGGUGUUCUUUAUGUUACAGUUUACUCAUCUUUGAAACAAAUUUUACACUUGUUUAGGAGAUUGGACGUGCUGGGCGAGAUGGAAGAUUGUCCCAUUGCCAUCUCUUUUUUGAUGAUAUCACCUAUUUCAAGCUUCGGAUUGAAGGGAGAAAUAACAUAUGAGGUCAAGGAUCCAGCCUAUUGUUAUUCAAUCGUGGAAGUCCCUGGGGACUUUUGUUCUCUCUCAAGGAUUCUUACAGAAUGGUUAUUGGAGGUUGAACGUUGCAAGGUACAAAAACUAGAUGCAAUGUUUAAUGCUGCCGUCUUUGCUGUGAAUGAGUGUGAGAAGAUGCAAGGUUGCCAUGGUGCCCAACAUACACCAUGUUUGCAAAGAAAGAUACUGGAUUACUUCAAGGAUGGUGGUAGACAUGAUAUCCCUAACAAGAUGGGACAAAGCAGCCCGUUUUUACGAGCAGAUAUAAAGGAUAGCUGUUUGGAUUUCUUCAUCAAGGGAAAAUAUGCUGCUCACUAUCCUCUGAUUGCAGGGGAAGUUGUUUCCUUCCAGAUAGCUGGUGGCUUGGUUGGAUCUUUGGAUUACAAAAAGGCAUACAUCCUUGAACCAGUUUAUGUCAGGCAUGACCUUAGGAAUCAAAUUGCAAUGAGAACUUGUAAAAGGGAAAGGAUUGUACAGAAGCUGACAAGAGUUAUGUUGGUGACUGCCGAGCAUGAUCAUGCUAUUUUUUAUCCAUAUAAGUAUAGGGAAAGACGAUGGGAUCUCAAGCAGCUCGUUGGAUCUGGUGGAAUGCCAUCCUCCCAUUCUGCUACCGUUACUGCUCUUGCCAUGGCCGUUGGAUUGCAAGAGGGCUUUGGAGGAUCAUUGUUUGCGAUUGCAUUGAUAUUAGCAUGCGUUGUGAUGUAUGAUGCAACAGGCGUAAGACUACAGGCUGGACGCCAAGCAGAGGUCUUGAAUCAAAUUGUGUACGAACUCCCUGCUGAACAUCCUCUGGCUGAGAGCAGACCGCUGCGUGAACUUCUUGGGCACACCCCUCCUCAGGUUAUUGCUGGUGGUUUGCUUGGUCUUGUCACGGGAGUUAUUGGCUAUUUGAUCACAAUCCUGACAACUAGUCGAAGUUGA